UGUGAGCUGCACUUGGUGAAAGUCUUUUUCUAUAUAAUUGAAUCUAACCAAUUUGUCCACAUUGGUUCUACUUCUUGCUAGCCAUUCGGUUUUCAUUUCCCAUAUUGAAAUUGUUACCAAAGUUCCACCAACCAGAAUUUUGUUUCGGCCGUACGUUCUCCUGCUAUCUGCUUCUCGAUCUCCAGAGGUUCCCCUUCUCCAUCCAAGCUCAAACUUCAUGAAUUUACUAUAUAUGUGAUACAUAUAUUAAGGUUCAGGCUAUCAGUAAUCACCUGCAGUUUCCAUAUUUUCUGUAAUUUCUCAGGACUAUCUUUCAGAGUCCUAUCCUAUCCAACAUAUAUGUCUAACAAGCAGGUACCCAAUGAUGUCCCUAUGAUGAGCAACACACGGGGAAUUAAGUACAAUUUCGACAAUGUUGAGGCGCAACCGCCAGAUCCCCCGUGUGGAGAUCGAGAUGCAGUUUCAACAAAAGAAAAAUUUAAAGGAACACUUCUUUCAAUUUCAUUCUGGAAUAAGAUGUUCGUAAUUGCAUGUGUGAUUGCAGUCUCAUUAGACCCAUUGUUCUUCUACAUUCCAAUCAUCGAUGAAGAAGAAAAGUGCCUUGCAGAAGACAAAGAGUUGAGGACUAUAGCUCUCAUUUUGCGAUCGCUUACUGAUGUCACUUUCGUAGUGAAUAUCAUAUAUCAUGUUUGCGAAGCCAUUAACGCUGCCUACAGAAAACGCGAAGAAAAAAAGCCUGAAUUGGCAUCGGAUUGGGAAUUUGCUAAAUUAGUUGUUGGGAAGCUAGCAUGGCGCUCUACGCUAACCAGCAUUUUAGCUGUUUUUCCCAUGCCACAACUGCUUUUAGUAUUUGUCUUCUUCAAAAUGAGAGGCCGUGGAUACUUGCAGGGUAGAAAGAUUCUGAAUGUCUUUCUUCUAGCUCAAUAUCUGCCAAGGAUCUAUCGAAUUUACCUAUCAUCUCAGAAACUCAGACAAACUACUGGAAUAUGGGCUAAAGCUCUGUUUAACUUUUUUCUAUAUAUCCUUGCAAGUCAUGUCCUUGGAGCUUUUUGGUACUUUUUUUCUAUUCAACGAGAAACUUCUUGUUGGCAUUGGGCAUGUGUAGAUCAUAGUACAAAUGUUGAAGGAUGUAUGAGUACCUUAUACUGCGAGGUUCACAAUACUACUCCAAGAAAUGCCACAUUCCUUAAUCAAUUUUGCCUUAUAAGUGCUGAAGAGAAUGCUAAGGGCCCUUCUGAUUUUGGAAUAUUUCUGGAUUCCCUCAAAAAUGGUAUCACAGGGAAUAUACCUUUCGGAAAGAAGUUAUCUUACUCUUUUUGGUGGGGAUUACGUAAUCUAAGUAAUUUUGGCACAAAUCUCGAAACAAGCACCUAUGUGUGGGAAAAUUGCUUUGCAGUUUUUAUUUCUAUCAUUGGCUUGCUACUAUUUCUAUAUCUCCUUGGAAAUGUACAGACAUUUAUGUCCAUGGAAAUUCACAGAUGGGAAACUCAAAGAUGGGAAAAUCAAAGACGGGAGGAUGAAAGAAACAAGAUACAAUUGAAAGAGAAAUAUUCAGGAUGGAUGGACAGAAAUGAGAUCCCAGACGAUUUGAAGAAAAAAAUUAUGAAGAACAUAGAGCAAAAACUGGAAGAGAACAAAGAUACUGAUCCUAAGAAUCUUUUCUCUAUUCUUCCGACACAUACCCGAACGUGUCUAAAGCGUUUCCUUGGCUUGAAACUGCUAAAGAAAGUACCGAAGCUUGCAAGGAUGGAUAAAAGAGUGUUGAAAAUGAUGUGUGACUAUCUAAAGCCAGUGAUGCAUGACGAGGGCGACGAGGUUUUUCAAAUGGGAGCUCCACUACAUAGGAUGCUACUCAUUACAGAAGGCACAUUAUUGACCGACAGAAAUGCUGCAACUGAAAACGCAAAAACGGGUAGUAUUUCAAGUUCCCCGUCAGUGGGCAACCUUGGCAAAGGUGACUUUUACGGCGCCGAAGAACUGAUCGAGUGGGUAACACAAAAGAAGGAUUUAGGCCAGCUUCCCGCCUCUUCCUUCAAUGUGAAAUGCAAUUCGAAAGUAGAAGGCUUUGUUCUCAAGGCCAAGCAGUUGAGAAGUGUAGUUUCCAAAAACGAAAACCGGUGGAAAAUGGCAUUAGCGAGUCAGACCACAGCAUAGUCUAGGAUUGUGCGCAGAAACCUGGAGUGAAUCCCCAGUACUAGCAGAGACCUGGAGCACUUAAUUUGUACCUCUCCAUGGCGGCUGGUCUCCUGGAGGCGGUGCUAUGUGAUUUUAGAUCUAGGGGUUUUUUUUUUUUUUUUUUUUUUGGGCUUUUGGGCCUCGGUUUGUCAUUUUCUGUUAAAUGUAGUUUAAUCAAGUUUUUAUCUAUUGGGCUUCUGGGCCUAGGACCCUUGCUUCCGUAUGUACAUCUGCAUCUAAAUAGUAGUGUGUUUCUGUUAAUGAAUGAACUAUUUGACCCAAAAAAAAAAAAAAAGAAGCUAAGACAAAACAAAUGAUCACCUGCUUAUGUGUGUAUUUAUGUAGUUAUUAGCUAGAAACAGAGUGCUCA